ACGAUAUCCAAAUAUGUGGCUGCCGCACGGCGCCUUAUCUUCUCCUAACAACAACUACUCGGGUUGCGUUGCGCUGCGCUUCUCAUCAUUCUCCACUCAGUACUAUCGUCUCCAAAUCCACACGCCAUGGCUUCCUCCUCCACUCUCUCCCCAAUCACCCCAUCACAGCUGUGCUCCAGCAAGAAUGGCGUGUGCUCGGCUUCCCAGGUUCUGUUUCCUAGGGUCCACGUGGCCGGCAAGGAUAGGCGGAUGAGAGUGAGGUGCAUGGCCACCAGUAUUCCGGCCGAUCGGGUCCCGGACAUGGAAAAGCGUCAGCUCUUGAACCUGCUUCUGCUCGGCGCCAUUUCUCUUCCCUCUGCCGGCAUGCUCGUUCCCUAUGCCGCCUUCUUCGUCCCACCUGGUUCGGGAGGUGCUGGCGGUGGUUUAGUUGCCAAGGAUGCCUUAGGAAAUGAUAUAUUGGCAGAUGAAUGGCUGAAGAACCAUGGACCAGGUGACCGAACCCUUUCACAAGGACUGAAGGGUGAUCCUACCUACCUUGUUGUGGAGAAUGACAGAACUCUUGCAACCUACGGUAUCAAUGCUGUCUGCACCCACCUUGGUUGUGUUGUGCCAUGGAAUACUGCUGAGAAGAAGUUCAUCUGCCCCUGCCACGGAUCCCAGUACAACUAUCAAGGAAAAGUUGUUAGAGGACCCGCUCCUCUGUCGUUGGCGUUGGUUCACGCUGAUGUUGACGAUGGCAAGGUGGUGUUCGUCCCGUGGGUCGAAACUGAUUUCAGGACCGGUGAAGCUCCGUGGUGGGCUUAAGCUUCUUCUCACACAGCUUCUCUCAGAUAUCAUCAAGCUGAACUUCAGUUUGUCUCCAGCCAUUGCUUAGCAUCCCGCAGCAUCCGAGCUAAUAAAAAAUGGAGUUUGCGACUUGUAGCAGGAAAAAAUGCCUCAUUUGAACUGGGAAAUGACAAGCUUGAUCAACAUUUUCUGUAGUAAAAUCUGUAUAAUUUUCCAUUGUAUAUUAAUGAUAUUCUUAUGCCUUACCCUCAUGUAAUGCAUGAUCGAUACGGUGUGGUCUAAACAUUCUUAAUUUUGUGGGAAUGCAUGUGUUUACACAUUUAUUUUGUAA